AUCUUGUGGAGAAGGGGGCGGGGCUAUCCCUUAACGCAUGCGCACAAUAUUGUGGGCGUGGUGGACUGUUACCGUGUGUGUGUGUUCGUCCUCUUUUUCCCCCCAUUCAACCAGUUGCUGCAACUUGUAGCGUUACAAGGAGUGCAGAAGUCAGAAUGGAACCACCAGAUAGCAUUACAUCGAGACAGAGUCAUGGGUCUGAAGUGGAGUAUCUCAUCAGAGACUCGUGUGAUUUCAUUGGUUUGUCUGAAAUAUUCGUUUUACAUUGAGUGCUACACCAGUUUUUAAACUGCAUACAUAAUACAACUGUUAUAUAAUAAUUAUUAGCUUUCACAGUGAAGUUUAAAUAUACAGAAACUACCCUCCACUCCACUCCACAUUGUAGGUAUAUAGCUGCACUCGUGUGUUCAGUUCAAAAAGUGAAAUGUUUCCUGCAAGACGUAUGCAAAACUGUGAUAUUUUCAUACACUUACAUUUUAUGUAAUUGUACUCUUAUUUUAGAUGACUCACUACCUGAAAAACUCUCCUCUUCAGUAAGUUAUGAAAGUGUUAAUUUAGUACCUAGGUAACUUUGAUUAUUGUGGGGGAAAUUCUAUUUUCCUUAAUCCAGUAUGGAGCAGUUGACCCAUUG